AUGCCCGAGGCCCAGGCGUCCGGGGCCUCCGGGCGCCCGGCCUUGGCCGGUGCAAGGCCUCGAGAUGCCAUCAGGGGCUGUAUGAAGUUGCUGUCCCAGUGUCGCAGAGACAAGCGUUGGAUCGAUGCCUUGCACGGCCUUCAAAGGGCGGGCGACUGCCGAGUGGAACUGGACACCAUAUGUUACAACGUCGCCAUGGCAGUUUGCGACGCCGCGGGACAGUGGCAACAGACUUUGUAUUUACUUCAGGUGAUGGAAACCAAAGGUCCACGGCCCAGUGUGGUCAGCUACAGCAGCGUUUGCAGCGCCUUGCGGGGCUUGGGAGAUUGGGCAAAUGCCCUGCAGCUGUUGAAGCGGGCGCAAGAGCAGCAGGUGCAGCCAGAUGAAAUUCUGCUCUGUUCUGUGAUCAGCGCAUGUGAGAAGAGUGCCCAAUGGCAGUUGGCUUUGCAGCUUGCUCGAUCCAUGCACCUUUGGAGUUUGGAGACGUCCACCGCAGCUUACAAUGCAGUGAUCAGCACAACUGGCGGGCUCUGGGAAAAGUCGGUCAACAUCUAUGAAGCCAUGCAAAGUUCUGGGCUUCAAGUUGAUUUGAUCAGUGUUGGGGCCACCAUGCGCGCAGUCUCCGCAGGACUAUGCCAACGAUGGCCACAGGCCUUCGCUCUCCUGUUGGCUGCAAACAAACAUCUGCUGCAAAGCAGUGUGGUGGCCUUUGGUGUAGCGGCAGCAGCGGCCAAAGAUAGCUGGCCCAAUGCCAUGCAGCUGCUUCCCAGGUCCCCUGAAGGGAACACCGUGGGAAAACCCAUGAAAAGCCCCCCGUUUGGAUGA